AUGGAGCAUCAAGACGAAAUCUCUAGCUCGGCUCCAGAGGUAGUUCCCUAUCGAGGUAUUGAAGCUAUUAAUAUAGAGAACACUCAGAAGAUCGCAUACCGGCCUGCCAGCUGGCCACAGAACGCGAUAGCUGCGGAUAGAGCCGUGCAAGAAGGAAAACAAAGGAUCUGCGGACUGACGCCAAAGAUAUUCUGGAUUCUCCUGUUAAUCAUGGCGUUGCUCAUUGCGGCGGGAAUCGGGGGAGGCGUUGGUGGUGGUUUAGCGAGUCAGAAAAGCCACUCUGCCCCAUCUUCGAUCCCUGUCGAGACCAACAGUCCUACCAACACCGUUCGAGAUCUCUCCACCUCGUUAACAGGCACGGCCACCAGCACCAGCGUAAAUCCUACCAGCACGAAGCCCUACGGUCUCCUAAACUCCGGCUGUAAUGGCACGGAUAAUCAGUACUACACUCCUAACAACCCCGCAGAUAAUUCAAGUCCGUUCACUGUCAAUAAUCGCACUCUGAAGUACAAGAUCCACUGUUACCAGAAUAUCCCAGAUAGUAUGUCAUUCAAUAACCCGCAGAUUAUCAAGCUUGGACAGUUGAAGGGGCUGGAAAGUCUGCAGGAGUGCAUUAAAGCAUGUGCAACCCUCAACUACGCCAUAGCGGCUGCAUUCGGGGGGAAAAAGGCGGAGGUACCGUUCAACAAUCUAUGCAGUGGCGUCGUGUAUUCCUAUCAGAAUUAUAUCCAGGGACAGCCUAUAAACUGCGAUCUCAAUAGCGGAGUCAAAGAGAGUGCAUCAAGGGUUUCAUGGACGGAUAAUCGUGGUCCAGAGACACACACCCAGGUUGAUUCGGCGGUUCUGGACUGGGAUGAUUAG